CGAAAACCAAGAAACUCCUUCUCCUUCUUCCGUCGCUUUCGAAGUUGAUAUCAAAGAAAAUCCCGAUGCACCUGUACCCAAGCACAUUUUAGAGAGGUUCAACGAGGAGAAAGAGUUUUCCGGCGAAGAAAUCAACGCAAAACUCACAGCUGCGGAAGAAAGAAAGAGACAGUUAGAUUCCGAAAAGGCCCAAAAGGCUGGAAGUGAAGUUGCACACGCAAAAAAAGUCGCUGAAGAACACCGUCGUCUUUCUGAGGAGAGUAACAAAGAAAGUUUGGCCAAAUUACAAGAAAAGCUUUCUCAAGCCGAAUCUCGACGUCAAGAUAAACUAAACAAAAAUGAAACUGCUUAA